GUACAUCCUGCUGCUCCUCAUCCUCUUCUUCAUCCCCGGCACGGUGAUGGCCGUAGCCUACGGACUCAUCUCCCGCGAGCUCUACCGCGGCAUCCGCUUCGAGAUGGACGUGAAGAGAGAAGCCACAGGUCUCCAGCACGGCGGCACCGAGCCCCUGGCGCCGGGGGUGGAGGACGACGGCUGCUACAUGCAGCUGGCCAGGCCGGGGGGGGCGCUGGAGCUGAGCUUGCUGGGCCGGGCGGGCGCAGGGCAGCAGGACCGCGCCCGCGUCAACGGCUCGCAGGCCACGCUGCUGGCCAAGAAGCGGGUGAUCCGCAUGCUGGUCGUCAUCGUGGUGAUGUUCUUCGUCUGCUGGCUGCCCAUCUUCUCCGCCAACACCUGGCGCGCCUUCGCCCCGGUCGCGGCCCAUCGGGUGCUGUCGGGCGCCCCCAUCUCCUUCAUCCACCUGCUGUCCUACACCUCGGCCUGCGCCAACCCGCUCAUCUACUGCUUCAUGAACCGGCGCUUCCGCUCCGCCUUCGCCGCCACCUUCGCCCGCUGCCGGCCCCGGCGCCCCCGGCGCCCCCCGCCCGACGACGACAUGCCUACCACCGGCGCCUCCCUCUCCAAGAUCAGCUACACCACCGUCAGCAGCCCGCCUGGGGCCCUCCGGCACCUCCUUGUCAGCAGCCUGGCGCCCCCCUAG